ACAAUUUCUUAGUUAGUGCUCUACGUUUGUGUUACGAAGUAUGUGUGUGUUAUUCUUGUACUAUUUAUUAUAGGGUGAUAAGGAUGACUACAAUAAAACCUAUUAUUAAGUCUACAUUAACUUCAUCUUCAAGAUCUGGAGCUCUGAAGAGGAAACUUGAAGAUAUUGAUCCGAUAGACGAAGUUGAAGAACCGAGAAUCCCAAAUAAGCAGAGAGUGAAGACUUAUCGUCUUUGUCCGUACCUUGAUACAAUCAACAGGCAGGUGUUAGAUUUUGACUUUGAGAAGCUCUGUUCAGUUUCUCUAUCAAGAAUCAACGUAUAUGCCUGCCUUGUUUGUGGAAAAUAUUUCCAAGGUCGAGGAAAUAACACACAUGCAUACACACAUAGUGUGGGGGAGAGCCACCACGUUUUCCUCAAUCUUCACACCCUUCGAUUUUAUUGUUUGCCAGACAACUAUGAAAUUAUUGAUUCCUCUUUGGAUGACAUCAAGUAUGUCCUCAACCCCACGUUUACCUCCGAGCAGAUAGGAUCAAUGGAGUCCAGUGACAAACUAUCUCGAGCAAUAGAUGGCACGAUGUAUCUUCCAGGGAUAGUUGGCCUUAAUAAUAUUAAAGCAAACGAUUAUUGCAAUGUGAUUUUACAGGCGCUGUCACAUGUGACUCCCCUGAGAAAUUAUUUCCUCCGAGAGAUAAAUUAUGCCCGCGUGAAGAGACCUCCAGGCGACAGCUCAUUUCUGUUAGUGCAGCGUUUUGGUGAACUCAUGAGGAAGUUAUGGAACCCUAGAAACUUUAAGGCUCAUGUUUCUCCACAUGAAAUGCUUCAAGCUGUUGUUCUGUGGAGCAGAAAGAAGUUUCAGUUCACUGAACAAGGAGAUCCUAUUGAUUUCAUGUCAUGGUUUCUAAAUGCUCUGCACAUUGCUUUGAACGGCUCAAAGAAACGUGACUCGUCCAUUGUAUACCGUUCAUUCCUUGGCUCAAUGAGGAUCUACACUAGAAAAAUUCCACCCAUUGAACUGGAGGAGGAACAGAAAGAGGCCCUUUUGCUUAUGGACGAGUACCAGGAGAAAGUAACGGAGUCACCAUUUCUCUAUCUGACGUGUGACCUCCCACCACCCCCACUGUUCAAGGAUGAAUUCCGUGAGAACAUCAUUCCUCAGGUAAAUCUGUACACCCUGUUGCAGAAAUUCAACGCCCAGACUGAAAAAGAGUACAAAACCUACAAAGAGAACUUCAUGAAGAGGUUUGAGAUCACAGAACUGCCGCCAUAUCUUAUCCUCUACAUUAAGAGAUUCACAAAAAACACUUUCUUUGUGGAGAAGAAUCCAACAAUUGUGAACUUCCCAGUCAAAAAUGUUGAUUUUGGAGACAUCCUAACCCAAGCAGUGAAAGAGAGGUAUGCAUGCACAACAUAUGACCUGGUAGCUAAUAUUGUACAUGAUGGAGAACCUGGCAAAGGGACCUACCGGGUUCAUGUGCUACAUAAGGGAAGUGGGAAGUGGUAUGAGAUGCAGGAUCUUCAUGUGACAGACAUUCUCCCGCAAAUGAUUACACUCACGGAAGCUUACAUACAGAUAUAUGAAUUGAAGGAGACAAAACAGGAGCGAGAGUGAUGUUCAUUAUCGGGGUGCAGACAGCAGUGAUACCAUAUUUUGUAUUAUGUAACAUGUACUUUUAAUAUGGACUUCAAUUCAUAUAAAUAUAUUGUUCCCUUUUCUCCAUCAAAAGAAGAAAAUUGUAUUCAGUACGUCAAUAAAUGUACUGAAAUACUUAUUCUUAA